GUGGGAGUUUUGGACGCCAUCGUCGACAAAAGUUUUAAUGGUCGAUUGUGGCAAUGGCGGACUUGUUAUUUGUUGUAUGGGGCCCCAGAGUUUAACGUACUUUCAGUGAUCGCCCUUUUGGUCCCAAACGCGUCAAAAAGGGUUUUUCAACGUCGGUUUUUCCCUUUGAGCUGUUAAACGACUGUCUCGGGACAGGAGCCCGGUUUGUUUUUUAAGUUUUUAGUUAUUUUUUCUUUUAAUAUUCUUUGUUUACCGCCUCUCUGGACAGGUUUUGUUUUUUACCGAGUUUUCCGCCUCUGUGAAACAGUGAGAAAUAAUCUUAUAACAAUUGUCUAGUCUUGUAAGGUAUGAGCGCAAUGAGUGCGUCUUCUCCGCCUGCGGGGCUGAUGCCGCUUAGCUUGAUAGCCGAGCAUAAGUCCACUGUACCCCAAAGUGUCCAACCGUUGCCGAGGACGGAAAAAUGCCCACCGACUGUCCAGCCUACACCAGUAGUCAACAAGCCGAAUGUAGCCAAUGGCAUGGAAGCAACCACCAUGGCUCCAGUCCCGUUGGUCGUCCCUCAGCAGGUUGAAAUUUCUCAUCCGAUCACUGCCAUGGAGACAACACCACCUCCUCCACUUCCGACCCCACCGACACAUCAACCUAAUCUUCCUUGUGGAGGAAAGGCUGAGAGCAACAAUUCUCAUGUUGAAUGUUCUAAUAGUACAAACAAUAACCCGGAUCGAGGGGAAGAGAGUGUGGCAGAAGCUCCUGUUCCAGAUAUGGCAUCUCAACUCCCUGUCAGCGCGGCCGUUGCUGUGCCACCACCUGCCCCAGCAAUCGUUCAGCCAGCAGCUGUCCCCGCGGCCCCUGUGCAAGAGGUCGUCGUCCCCGAAGUACAGGAAAGCAGAGAUGAGGAGAAAGUGGCUGCAUUCCCCACAGCCCCAGCAGUCGUUCCAGAGGUCGCUGAACCACAGCAGCCGAAGGAAGUGGCAAAACCCGUUUCGUCUCAGCUUCCAACACAGCAACAGAACUCAUCAGAAGUCAAAGCUGAAACUUCCACUCCUGCACCGACAGAAGCAUCUCUGCCAAGCCCUGCUCAACCACCGGCUUCCAAUGCAAUGACAUUAAGCUCCCCGGUUUCUCCAUCGCCCGCUACGUCUAUAGUGGCUGUACCUGUAAAAUCAGAGCUACCUAAAUCUGAAACAAAAGUCAGUCCAAGAACAAAACGAACUUAUAAGGCAAAGAGUGAACCAAAGUCAAAACCUGACACAGUUAAGGAGGAUACCGAGGAGGACGAUGAUAAGAAACCCAAAAGGAAGCGUCUCCCAACACAAAUAUAUCAAAGCCCAAUACCAGAGCUUAAUAUCAUAGCUAAAAUCAAUAAGAUCGACAAAGCACCUAGUAAAUCGGAAGAUAAACUCAUUGUAUUCUACAAAAACGAAUUCCUAGCCGUACGCAAUGCUGAAGGUGGCUUUUAUAUAUGCCAGGCGAUGCAAAACAUUUAUCGGUCUAGUUCAAAAAUUAAGAUCAGAUGGCUUUCACAACUUCCAAAUAGUGACGUAUACUCUCCUGACUUCUAUGACCAGACAGAAUUUGAUUGCAUCCUGACAAACUUGAGUUUAGAAAGAAUCGCAAAAGGAAAAUUUAAACUACCAGCUGUGGAAUCACAGAGGACAGAAAGUAUACUUAAGAGAGCGAUCGAUGUAGAAAAGGGGAUAGCAGAUGAUUCCAAAGUGACAGAAGAACAUCCUGAUGGGCUUGAUGUUUCUUUGUACCGCAAUGAAGACCAGCUGAAAAAAAGGAAUUCGCACAAAACCAAAAAAAAGACAGGAGAGAAGUCCACUUCCAGAAUGUCUAAAUCAAGGAGGCAGGCGCUUAAAAAGAAAGCCAAGGUGACAAAAUCCGAGGUAGUGAAGAAAAUAGCCGGCAGAGCUCUAUUGGCCUCUAAAAGAAGAGCACUUUCGCCUGCCCCGGCUCCGAGUGCCCCAAGUGUCCCUGCCAAAAAGGUGACAAAGAAAGCAGUAGUCACCCAGUCUUUGCCCUCGGCCAAAAAAGACACUCCUCAGCUGGCCAAGAAAGAAAUGAAAUCAAUGACUGGCAAAAGAAAAGCACCUUCUACUACAUCGGCUUCUGUUCCGGAAAAGAAACCAAGAAGGGAUCCUCUUGCUAAGAAAAAAAUUUUAACUGCUGUCUACAGGUGGAGCGACAGGAGGGGGUCCAGUUAAGGGCAGUGCGACAGCAACAGGGCCAGCAAUGACGAGACGAACUCUCCGGAAUGCAAAGUAGAUCAAAUUUUCCUCAUAAAAAAUACAAGAAAAACUUUUGUCGCACUUAAAAAGGGAGAGACACAAAUAAAUGUGUAUAUAUGAUUAUUAUUAUUGAAACUAUAUUAAAAAAGUAAUUAAAUAAAAUUAAUAAUAAAUGCAGCACACAACACAAGAAGAGAAGCCUAUAAUAUUUAUCAGGAAAAACGGAUGCAUUGUAUGUGUACAUAAUUGUUCCUAUCUGUGUACAGAUUUGAGGCUUGGAAAUCUAGGUGCCUCUCUAUUAGAACUUCUCUUUUUUCCCCACCUUUUUAUUUUAAAAGUAAUCGUUUUUUUUUUUCUUUUGGAAAAAAAAUUUGUUAUUGAUAAAUUCAAGGUUGUGACAUGGGUGUUUUCAAACUAAAGCUCAAUUUAUUUCUUGAGAAACAAUUCUAUACAAUAAGAUCUCCAAAAUCAAAUCAAUCUCUCUUUAAGUGUGCAUACAUAAAAAUUAAAAAAAAAAUCAACGAGAUAGUGUUGUUUAACAAAAAAAUAUAUAUAUGAAAAUUUAAGAAAAAGAAAAAAGAUGAUUGUGCAAUAAAAUUCUAUUCCAGUAUUAGAAUAUUUUAUCCUGAAAUUGACUACUGAUCGAUUAAAUCUCAGUUUGUAUUGAAAACCUAUUUAGGCAUUUUCAUAUUGACCUUGAAACAAAAUAUAAAAAUGAGAACCCGGUUUUGUUUUCCGGGGGACGUUGGUGUUUAUUUUUAUUUUUGUUGUUUCUGCUUGAAAUUUAUUUUAUUUGUCGCAAAUUGUGUUGUAAAUAUUUUCAUUAUAAAACUUGUCCACUAAAUUUUCAACAAACAGUUUUUGAGAACUAAUUUUGUGCUGUUCAAAUUUUUUGUUUGAAUAUUAAAAAAAAAUUAAAUAUUGUGUUGUGUGAAUCACAAAGUAUGUACACCUAUAUUAGAAUUUAAAAGAAGUACAUUUUAUUAGUUGGUAGUUUUAUGAGUUUUUUAUUAUUUCUAGACAGAUUUUAAAAAAUGAUUUAUUACUAUUGUACCUUAAGUAAUAAUAAAAAUUAAAUUUAUCUAUAGCAACCUCUUUUGCCUUAAUAAGGAUUCUAAUUGUAUAAAUUAUAUCUGUUGGGACUAGAUAAGGUUUGCAAAACCUUUGAAUUUAUCCAAUUUUUUAAAGUAGGUUUUUCUUCCCCCCAUUUGUACAGUUUGAAACUUAUAUUACAAAUUUAAUUGUAUUACUUAAUUUCGUUUUUUCUUUUUUUUCUUUUUUUUUUUAAACAAAAGUAAGAAACACUUUUUUAUAUAUAUAUAAAUUAUUGUUAAGGGGUUUGUUGCAAACUAAAUGGGUCAAAUUCUCUCUUAACCAGCCCGAAAGUUUUCCGGCGAAAAAUAUCCGGUUCUAAACAUUUAUGGAUUUUAUCAUCGUCAGAAAAUGCAUAUAGUAAAUAAGAUUGCUACUAAUUUUGUGCAAAUCAAUUUUUAAAAAAGUACAAAUUUUAUACUAUAUAUAAAAUUAAAAAAACAAAACAAAAAACUGAUUCGAUAACUUUUUAAAUGUGCCACAAAUAUCGCCAUUUGUAGUCCAUAAAAAUAAUGUACAGUUGAAUGAAAGAUAAACCUCCUUAUUUACUUUUCAAAUUAUAGUAUUAAUUACUAGACAUUGAGCAAGAAACAAUAUUUCAUGUCUGAAAGAUAAUAUAAUUUGUUGUAAUA